AUGAGGUUAAUGACUAAAUGAUAAUAGCUUUUUAUUUAUUUCUCGCUCUAAUGAAAAUUGUUUGUUCUAUUCCGAACAUAAAUAACAAAAUUUUGCAGCUUUUUCCGAAAAGGAAUGAACCCACUUCAUUCGAAACAUGUUACGGCGAUCUCGGUUGCAUAGAGGUGACCCAGCAAUGGUACCACGACGACUAUCGACCAAUUAACGUAGAACCCCUCAGUCGAUUUGUAAUAAGGACGGAAUUUGUAUUGUACACACUUCCUAAUGGCGUUCAAAAAGACAGGCAUCAUUUAGAUUUUGAGAUCAUCUCGUCCAAAGGACAAUCUCUGGAAAAAUCGAGAUUUGAUGGAAAAUCCGACAUCAUCAUCUUAAUUCAUGACUUCACCAGCAACGGUUAUACCGGUUGGAUCAAACACAUUUCAGCAUCGAUUCUUAGUGAUCACAAAAGAAAUGUAAUAGCAGUAGAUUGGCAGAGUGGUGCAGAGCCACCGUAUGAACAAGCCGUUGCUAAUGCUAGAGUUGUAGCUCUAGAAAUUAUUGCUCUUUUAAAUUGUAUCAAAUCUAAGUUCGGAAUGGGCGGAGAAAAAAUCCACAUUAUAGGCCACGGUGUAGGCGCCCACAUCGCAGGAUAUGUAGGCGAAAGUGCAAAACAAAUCAAAAAAAUUACCGGUCUUGAUCCGUCCGGUCCUUAUUUCGAAGGAAUGCCUAACUUCGUCAGACUGGAUCCUUCCGAUGCGACGUACAUCGAGGUGAUUCAUACGGACUAUUACAGUACAGACAGUCAAGGAACUUGUGAUCAUCUGGGACACAGAGAUUUUUUUGUAAAUGGGCCCCAUAGACAGCCUGGUUGCAAUGACUCAAGUUCAAAUUUGAACCUUGUAGCGGUUGAACGAAAUAAUUUAAAACAAGGUCAAAUCCUACCUGGUUGCAGUCACAAACGUUCAUUUAAAUAUUACAUUGAGAGUAUAGAAGUCACAAACUGUAAAUUCAUAGGAUUUAGUUGCGAGGAUUUCAAUACAUUCACUGAGGGUGCAUGUUCUUGUGAAAGUACCGGUGUUUUUAGCUUAGAUAGUUACGAAAGUAAUGCGCAACAACAGGACAAAGGUCUUUAUUUGCUUACCAAUGGUAUAAGGCCAUAUUGUGUCAUUCCGUAUAAACUCGUGAUGAGACUCAGCAAUUUCACGCGCGCUAGUGAACAUCUAUCGGGAUAUAUUGAAGUCCUCUUCAAAGGAAAUAGCAUAGAUGUGGUAAAUGGUUCGUCGUAUUUACAUAGAAAAUCUCAGACAUUUUCUAAAGGAGAAAAGAAAGAGUUGCUGAUUUACGGAGAUCCUCCACAAAUUACUUCAUUUAAAGAAGUCCAGAUGAAAUGGGUGAAAACAGGUAUCAAAGUUUGUCCUGAACUUGUUUGUCAAAGUUCCUUGUUUGUAGAAAACAUUCGUAUCACGCAACUGCCAGCUACAUCAGCAAACUGGGCUAAACUGUGUCCUGACUCAGGAGACACUGAGCUCAAGGAUAGGUACUACCACACCUUCAAACCGUGUGAAGAGAUGACUGAGAAGAGAUCUUAUAUGGAACGAGAUAUUUAUGACGAUUUUGGCCACGAGACUACAAAGACAGCAUCAGACAAAGAAGAAGAAAAUGAUGAAGAAAUUUUGCCUACGGAAGAAAACUCUGAGACAUCAGACAUGGAGAAUCAGGAAGAUUAGAUGCACUCUCAAAAUAUGCAUACGUAUAUAAGUGAAUAUAUAUAAGUGAAAUGUUGAUAUAAUGAUAAUAAUAAUAAUUAGUAAAUAGGGCUCGGUUUUCAGUAUAUUUGUGAUAAAUU